AUUGAUUAGAGCAAGAAAUCAUAUUUACACGCACAAGUCCAAAGACAAACCUGAUCGACCUGAGAGAGAGAGAGAGAGAGAGAGAGAGAGAGAGAGAGAGAGAGAGAGAGAGAGAGAGAGAGAGAUGGGGUCAUGCUGGGUUCGUCUCAUUCUUCUUCUCUUGGGGGUGCUCGUUCUUCCUGCAAUCGUGGAGUGCAGAGUUCGACACUACAAGUUCAAUGUGGUGACGAAGAACAUGACAAGAUUAUGCUCCACCAAGCCCAUCGUCACCGUCAAUGGAAAGUUCCCAGGACCCACCCUCUACGCCAGGGAAGGCGACACAGUGCUUGUCAAGGUCGCCAACCACGUCAAGUACAACGUUACCAUUCACUGGCACGGUGUCCGACAGCUCAGAACGGGCUGGGCCGAUGGGCCGGCGUACAUAACCCAAUGCCCGAUCCAGACGGGCCAAUCCUUUGUCUACAACUUCACGAUCAAGGGGCAGAGAGGGACGCUUCUCUGGCACGCGCACAUUCAGUGGCUGAGAGCAACCCUGCACGGUGCUAUCGUCAUCUUGCCGAAGCGCGGCGUCCCCUAUCCCUUCCCCAAACCCAACAAGGAAUUUGUUAUCAUCUUGGCCGAAUGGUGGAAAUCGGACACCGAAGCCGUGAUCAACGAAGCUAUGAGUUCGGGAUUGGCGCCGAAUGUUUCGGAUGCUCACACCAUUAACGGACAUCCUGGGUCCGUUUCGGCUUGCCCUUCGGAAGGUAGCUAUACGUUGCCGGUGGAAAGCGGCAAGACCUAUCUGUUGCGGAUAGUCAAUGCUGCACUCAAUGAAGAGCUCUUCUUCAAGAUCGCGCAGCACAACCUAACCGUGGUGGAAGUCGAUGCCACGUAUGUGAAACCGUUCCAAACGGACACCAUCCUGAUUACUCCGGGUCAGACCACAAACGUCCUCGUCACCACAGACCGAAACUCCGGCAAGUACUUGAUCACCGCCUCCACAUUCAUGGAAACGUCCAUCGUGGCCAUCGACAACGUGACCGCAACCGCGACCGUGCAUUACUCCGGCACCCUCGCCAGCACCCCCACGAUGCUCACCAAACCGCCUCCUCAAAAUGCCUCCUCGGUGGCCAACAGAUUCAACAACGCCCUUCGAAGCCUCGACUCGAAGAAGUAUCCGGCAAUGGUCCCAAAGACCGUCGACCACAACCUCUUCUUCACUGUCGGCUUAGGGGUCAACCCCUGCCCGACUUGCACGGCUGCGGCUGCGAACUUAAGCAGGGUCGUGGCGGCCGUAAACAACGUCACAUUUGUGAUGCCGAAUAUUGCCCUCCUACAAGCUCAUUUCUUCAACAUCAGCGGAGUUUUCACGACCGACUUUCCUGGUAACCCUCCAACGCCGUUCAACUACACUGGGACGCCACCGGCGAACAUGCAAACCACGAACGGCACGAAGGUCUACCGGUUGCCAUACAACGCCACGGUCCAGCUGGUUUUACAGGACACUGGGAUAAUCGCGCCAGAGACCCACCCGGUCCAUUUGCACGGAUUCAACUUCUUCAUUGUGGGCAGAGGAUUGGGGAAUUAUAACCCAAAGAAGGAUCCCAAGAAGUUCAAUCUGGUUGACCCUGUGGAGAGGAACACGCUUGGAGUCCCAUCUGGUGGAUGGACAGCUCUUAGAUUCAGAGCAGACAAUCCAGGAGUUUGGUUCAUGCACUGCCAUUUGGAAGUACACACAAGUUGGGGACUGAAAAUGGCAUUCUUGGUGGACAAUGGGAAGCGCCCUAGUCAGACUCUGCUUCCACCUCCAAGCGAUCUUCCACAGUGUUGAUCAUUUGAUCAUGAGGACGAAAAGCAAUUGCAAAUUAUACCAAGUUAGAGGAAUCUCCUCGUUGAAGAAGAAGAAGAAGAUGGGUAGAGAAAAGGCAAAGUCAUACAAGGUUUGACCAAUAAGAGAGAGGGCAAUAAGCUAAAGUGAGCCUUGAUGAGAUCAUACUAUCCUAACAAUUGUUUCUUGAGCAAAUAGAAGAAUUUGCUCGACCGUGUUGCAAUAAGUUAAGGAAGAAAAGGAGUUUGCUUUUUUCCUUGGAAGAUUGAGGAGUGUAAUUUUUUUCUAAAGCUAUACAUACACGUAAUAAAGAGAGAGAAUUCUGAAA